AUGAAAUUCGUACUCCUGGCUCUGUUCGUGGCUGUGGCUUCUGCCAACAUGCAACAGAAGCACACACGUCAGUGGCGUUCGGUUCGCACCGCCGCCAACAACAUAGAGAAGAUUCAAGAAAAUGGGGAACUGAGAGGCUUCUUUACAGACAUCAUCUGCGAAGGUGUAGAUUGUGCCUCCGCCACCUUAAAUUUCUGGAUGAAGAAUAACGGACAGUGUCAAAAGUUCUCCGUAGUUGGAAAUAAAAUUCAAGGUUCCGAAGACUACAACGCUGAAUUCUCAGGACAAAAUGUCUUCACCUUUUGCCAUCAAUCCAAGAACCUGUUGGUCUUCUGCUUCCAGAACACCGAUGUAAAUGGACUCGUCACAGAUGUGGUCCAUGCUGCCGUAAGACCUGGCCACAGAUUCAAUAAGGAAGAUCAGAUUGUGUACACAGACUUGGUAAAGCAACACGGUAUCAACGAAGAAAACAUCUUGAAUAUCGAAUCAGCAGAUAUCUGCCGCAAAUAA